CUCUGUUCUUUUAAACUAUUGUAAAUCUAUAUAGGUAUCCGAAAGCAUAGAUAUACAACCACGUAUCACAUAUUACACUCUUCUGCUUAAUUCUCAACAAUACCAACAGAAUAAAGAAAGAAACAAAUAGAGAAAAAAAAUGGCUACAAAAAACCGAACAAAGGAUGUACCACCAGAACUCCUCAUUCAGAUCUUUGCAAAUCUCUUGCAUCCUCUAGAUCUUCUUCAGUGUGCAUUAACCUGCAAAGCAUGGAGCUACCGUGCUCUGGAAAUCCUGUGGAUCAAACCACCAAUCGCACACCCAUAUAGCUGGGAUCUCUUUUGUCAGACCACAAAGCCAGGAAACAUAACUCUCUUUCCUUACCUAAGCUUCAUUCGUCGCAUCAACCUCUCCACACUAUCCGUAGCCAUAUUGGACGAUCAACUCAGCCAACUGAGCAAAUGCGACCGCCUAGAGAGGAUCACUCUCUCGGGCUGUUCGAAUCUGACAGAUCUUGGCUUGCUUAAACUGCUCGAUCACGGUGCAUGCGAAAAUCUAGUCUCUCUAGAUCUUAGUGACAUUACAACAAUUAGCGACCUUACGAUCCUAAAGGUAGCCGAGCAAUGUCCUCGACUUCAGGGUCUAAAUUUGAACAUGCACAAGGAUACCCAAGACCGUUUCACCCGUAUUACAGACGCCAGUAUUGUCAAGAUUGCAAAAUCAUGUAGAGGCCUCCGAAGAAUUAAAUUAAGCAAUUUUGCACACGUUUCUGAUACAUCAGCUAUUGCCCUCGCGCAUCAUUGCCCAGGACUGACGGAGAUUGACUUGAUGAGCUGUUCGAUCACAAAUACAGCAGUUCAUGAGAUAUUCUUGAAUUGUCGUGAGCUCAAGGAAUUCCGGAUAAACCAAUGUUCAGCACUAAGCCCGGCCGCUUUCACACAGUCUGCCCUGUCGAGCAUACCUCCGCCAAGGAUCCAAACCCAAUACUUUGAACAGCUCAGACUGCUCGAUCUCACAGGUGUUGUGAUGCUCACAGAUGAAGCAAUUCAGAAAAUAGUGUGUGCUGCUCCGAAGAUCCGUAAUCUGGUUCUCAACAAAUGUUACAGUAUUUCGGACGCUGGUUUAUUGGCCAUUUGUGAACUUGGUCGUUAUCUACACUACCUACACCUUGGCCAUUGCAGCCGAAUCACAGAUUUUUCGGUUGUCCAAUUGGCAAAGAACUGCACUCGCCUUCGCUACCUCGAUCUUGCCAGCUGCAGCCAGAUCACUGAUCGUUCAGUGACCGAACUGGCAACCCUGCCCAAGCUCAAACGAAUUGGUCUGGUCAAGUGUACCAACAUCACCGACCAAUCCAUCUAUGCACUCACGAGUCACAUACGAAUCGCCACCACACUUGAACGGGUCCAUCUCAGCUACUGUUCCAAUCUGUCUGUCCGGGCUGUCAUGCAGCUCGUGACUUUCUGCCACCGUCUCACUCAUCUCAGUCUCACCCACGUGCCUGCCUUUUUGGACACCGAACUACAGAAGUUCUGUCGUGAACCACCCCGAGACUUCACUGGCCCACAGAUUAGAGACUUUUGCGUGUUUAGUGGCAAAGGUGUACGGGAAUUACGGCACUUCUUUCACUCCCUAUCCCAUGAAGAACGCGAGGUUCGAUAUCCAUUCCCUUCACCGAUCAACACAGCAUACCGUAGAGGCGAAGAUACUUCUGCUACUCGAUUAUCUGAAAGAACACCUCAAUGAUUGAUUUCUUUAUUUUAUUUUUUCAAUUUCAAUUUCAAUCAUUUUCAUCUUCAUUUUCAUAUUCAUUUUUUAAUUUUAAUUUACUCUUCUUCUUUAAUCUCUCUCUCUCUCUCAUACACAACACACUUCUCUUCAUUGUCUUUUCUGCAAUAAUAAUAGUGAUAAUAAUAUUUGUACAUUGUUUUUCUUUUUAUUCUUAUACUUCUUUAUUGGGAUUAUACCCUCUCCAACUUCCACCCUUUCUCCCUCCCUCUCUCUCUCUCUCUCUCUUUCUUCUUCAAGUAUUAUAGUUAUGAUUAAUAUUAAUAUUAUUUGAAAAAAAAGAAAGGUUUGUUUGUGAAUUUUUCUUUAUUCAUAUUCAGGCUUAAAGAAUCAAAUAAUCAAACAGAGCUACAUGUUCUUUUCUACACC